UAUGCUGGCUGCCUGCUCCAGUUCUACUUCUUCUUCUCCAUGUGUGCCGCUGAAGGUUUAUUUCUGUCAGUGAUGUCUUUUGAUAGAUUUCUUGCCAUUUGUAGACCUUUGCAUUAUCCCACCAUAAUGACCCACUGCCUGUGUGCUUGGUUAGUGGUCUUCUGUUGGGCAGGGGGCUUUCUCUGGUUACUGACUCCUUUGACUCUAAUAUCUCAGAUGCCUUUCUGUGGUCCAAACACCAUUGACCAUUUUCUUUGUGAUCUUGCCCCUUUGCUGGCAUUGUCCUGUUCUUUAGUAUCUGGAAUUAGUUUGAUCUGUGGUAUCAUUAGCUCUCUCAUCAUCUUUCUCACUUUCCUAUAUAUCCUUGGCACUUACUUCUGUGUCCUGAGUGUGGGGCUGCAAGUACCCCCAGGCUCAGGAAGUCAUAAGGCUUUCUCUACUUGUGCCUCCCACCUUGCUGUGGUGUGUCUGUUUUAUGGGUCAGUCAUGGUGAUGUAUGUUAGUCCAGGUUCUGGGGACUAUCCUGGGAUGCAGAUAUUUGUGACCUUGUUCUAUGCUUUGGCAACUCCAUUCUUUAAUCCCCUGAUUUACAACUUCUGGAACAAAGAUAUGAAGGAGGCACUGAAGAAAAUUCUGAAUCUGUUAUUGUGGGAAAUCUCUAAAGGAUUCAAAAGUUGA